GUUGUCUGUACUAUGUAAGCGCUUAUUCGAAGCAACCCCAAAUUUACAGGCCUCAUGGCUGACUUGCAGCCUUACUUCAGGCCACUCACGACCGCUAACUUCUUCCCGCGUCCACUAUGUCGUGGAUUAUACGAGAUCCACCGUCUCCCCCUCCUGUUAACUCGUCGGAGCUGGAGAAUCAUGCAUACUACUCGAAGCCAAGCUCUCCACUGCCUCCAGGGAUGCAUCCCCCUCCCCAACCUUCUUUUUCACCUCCGACUCUCAGACUAGAUUUGAUGGAAGAGCAGUGGUCUAUGAAUCCGCUACAAAUCAAGUCAACCUUUUCUACAGUGGGAACCGGCAUUCAAUCACUCUCCAGCCCUGCGUGCGGCAUGGGGUGGAGUUUCAAUCUUGAUCUGUCGCCUUCUUACCUGAAAGAUGGUGCCGAUGUCGUUCAGGUGCAUGCCUCGCUUCAGUCAAGCCCUGUGGGCUUUCAGCCUGGGACCUUAUCGAGUCGUGCGUCCUUUAGGAGGGGGGAUCGUGUCCUUGCAGUACUGGAGAAUGAUCAGUGGUUUGAUUUCUGGCUGCAAGCUCAAGGACAAAACACCAUCUCGCUCGGGAGCUGUGAUAUCUCUCUUCCAUUGGGCGAGCUCUUCAUUGAUCUGGUCAUCACCGUACUCCUUCAAUCAGACUCAGAGGCAGACCCUCGAAAAUUCUCUCUGCCGAUGUCGAAAGCCAUCAGAGCCACGCUCGACGGCAACUUUCCUAUUGACGUCAAAUUUAUGCUUUUUACGCAUAAAUAUGGGAAGACGUCAGUAUGUAACCGUCGUCCCGUUUAUGCAAGCACCAGUAUUUUGAGGGGCCGCAGAGCGUUCUUUGAGAGCUAUAUCAACAAUUCUCACCUUGGAGAUGAUUCUCCGCCCGGCAUUUACCAGUAUCCCUAUGAUGGAGACAGUGAUCUCGAAUCUGACUUGGAUGAGGAUCCACCCUGCCACGUCCCUGGAAUGUCUGACAGCAUUACCAGAGAACCGCGACCGGAAUCACGUUCCCCUGCCUUAGCUCCUAUCAAUAUCACAGACCUCGAUACAGUCCAGUCCGCGCCACCCGAAUUUUCUAGCGGUGAAAAGUCGUCUGCAGCAUCGAUAUUAGAGGCAGACGCUGAUUUGCCACCCUUCUCUGUCACGCCUCGCAAAAAGUCGUCGACCAAGAGCCUUCGUUCUCUUGCUUCAACCGACUCUCUAUCCUAUGGAAAAUCUAAUAGUAUCUGCGUUUCUGAGUAUGAGAAGGCAGAGCCUCCCAUCUGCGAUGAAUCUAUGGAUCGGUAUGCGGAGGUUACGAAUCAUGGUACAGAAGAGUAUAGAGUAGAGCCUCAACAGAAAGCCCCAACGACGGUUCCACAUCCAGUGUUGGUUAACGACGUGGCUUUCAGGACUUUCCGAGCCUUGAUAGUAUACAUGUAUACCAAGGAGGUCGCUUUCAUCCCUCUCAAAUCCAGCGGUGGGCGCUCGUACAACGCCGGUGAUGCAUGUUCUCCGAAAUCAAUGUAUCGCCUUGCAGUCAAAGCCAGCCAUGAGGGCCUAAAGAAACACGCAUUCGACGAUCUACGUUCUCAGCUCAGGCCUGAAAACAUUGUUACGGAGAUCUUCUCGAAGUUCACUACAGAUUACUCUGAGAUAUUCGAAAUGGAAUUAAAGGUCUUGUUGGAUCACUUUACCAAUCCUACGGUAAGGGUCGAGUGGGAAAGAAUGAUAGACAUGGUGGCGACCGGUCAACUUCCACACGGCGCAAACAUUUUGAAGAAAGUAAAUCGUGUCUUGCGCACUUGAUUAAUAAUUACCAAACUCCGUCCAGCGAUUUUUAGGGCUCGUUCUUCUUCAGAUUAGUCAUGUGUAUAGCUACUCGAAUUACUCAAAUCCAUCGGACCAUCACGCGUCACCUUUCGCUUCUUCCAUUCUGACCCACAUACCUAUCAAACGAAAGCCAUUUGAAGACUGAAC